AUGGACUUGGCAGGAGUUCUCUUGGCUUUUUUCCUGGUGCUGGUGCUCGUUAUUUCUCUGCUGUCCAACCUGCUGGUGCUGCUAUGCUUCAUCUACAGUACCGAGCUCCGCAAGCAAGUCCCCGGGGUCUUCCUGGUGAACUUGUCCUUCUGCAACCUGCUCCUGACAGUCUUAAACAUGCCCUUCACUUUGCUGGGGAUCCUGAGAAACCAGCCGCCCGUCGGUGACUGCAUCUGCAAAGCGGUGGGCUUCCUAGAAACUUUCCUCACCUCCAACACCAUGCUGAGCAUGGCAGCCCUCAGCAUAGACAAGUGGAUUGCCGUGGUGUUCCCCUUGAGUUACACCAGCAAGAUGCGGUACAAAGACGCCGUGCUUCUGAUGAGCUAUUCCUGGAUUCAUUCCUUGACCUUCCCUUUGGUCUCCUUGUUUUUCUCGUGGGUAGAUUAUAGCAACGUGUAUGCCUCUUGCACCUUGCACCUGGGAGAAGAGGCAGAGAGGAGGAGGUUUACCGUGUUCACCAUCGUGUUUCACGCCACCAGUUUCAUGCUGUCCCUGGUGAUACUGUGUUUCACCUACUUAAAGGUGUUUAAAGUGGCCAGGUUCCACUGCAAAAGGAUAGACAUUAUUACAAUGCAAACGCUGGUUUUGCUGGUAGAUAUCCAUCCCAGCGUCAAACAGCGUUGUCUUAAUGAGCAGAAAAGGAGGCGGCAGCGGGCUACUAAGAAAAUCAGUAUUUUUAUAGGGUCUUUCGUGAUCUGCUUUGCUCCUUACAUUAUCACCAGGUUGAUAGAACUUCUUCCUUUUGUUACCAUAAACUACUACUGGGGGAUUGUAAGCAAGUGCCUCACCUACAGUAAGGCUGCAUCAGAUCCAUUUGUUUAUUCUCUUUUACGUCAACAGUACAAGAAAGUCAUGAUCAACAUUGUCAAUAGGAUACUUAAAAGGGAUCUGUAUCCUUCAUCUGGCUACAACAGCUCUCUAGACACUGAAAAUGAUUAUUGCUUACACAGAACAUGCUAA